AGCGGCGGCAGCGGCGGCGGCGGCGGCGGCGCAGCGGGAGCGGAGCUGGCUGCACUCGUGGGCUGGCGCUCCGCAAUGAGACAGUAGCUGCAUCCCCGCGUGCGAUGCUGUAGGGUAACAUCUGGACUGGAAUUGAGGCUCCUCUGUUGCUUGGAUGUCCCUAAGUUCCUGGAUCGGCUUGUUGAAGACUGUAUUGCUGCUAGAAGCUUCUCACUCCUCGGGAUCUUUUCAGGGAAACCGAAACUGAGUAAACUGAGAAUUUAGAUGUUCUGAGUGAAACCCAUCAAGUCAUCUAUGAAAAUGGUGGCCCUAUCGUUAAAGAUCUGUGUCCGCCACUGCAAUGUGGUGAAGACCAUGCAGUUUGAGCCAUCUACAGCUGUGUAUGACGCUUGUCGAGUCAUUAGGGAGAGAGUACCUGAGGCACAGACCGGGCAAGCUUCUGACUAUGGGCUGUUUCUCUCCGAUGAAGACCCAAGGAAAGGGAUUUGGCUAGAAGCAGGUCGGACACUGGAUUACUACAUGUUGCGGAAUGGGGACAUUCUGGAGUACAAGAAGAAACAGAGGCCUCAGAAAAUCCGAAUGUUGGAUGGCUCUGUGAAGACGGUGAUGGUAGAUGACUCCAAGACAGUGGGGGAGCUCCUGGUCACGAUCUGCAGCAGGAUAGGAAUAACAAAUUAUGAAGAAUACUCUUUAAUCCAAGAAACCAUUGAAGAAAAGAAAGAAGAAGGGACAGGCACACUGAAAAAAGACAGGACGUUGUUACGAGAUGAGAGGAAGAUGGAGAAGCUGAAGGCCAAACUGCACACAGAUGAUGACUUAAAUUGGCUAGAUCACAGCCGGACAUUCAGAGAGCAAGGCGUGGAUGAAAAUGAAACAUUGUUGCUCCGACGGAAGUUCUUUUACUCUGAUCAGAAUGUGGACUCGAGAGACCCUGUGCAGUUGAACUUGCUUUAUGUCCAGGCUCGGGAUGACAUCCUGAAUGGCUCUCACCCUGUCUCCUUCGAGAAGGCCUGUGAGUUUGGUGGGUUCCAAGCCCAGAUACAGUUUGGACCUCACGUGGAACACAAACACAAGCCUGGAUUCUUAGAUCUAAAGGAGUUCCUGCCGAAAGAGUACAUCAAGCAGAGAGGAGCCGAGAAGCGAAUAUUUCAGGAACAUAAAAACUGUGGAGAGAUGAGUGAAAUAGAAGCCAAGGUGAAGUACGUCAAACUCGCCCGGUCCCUCCGGACAUAUGGGGUGUCCUUUUUCCUAGUGAAGGAAAAAAUGAAAGGCAAGAACAAGUUGGUUCCCCGUCUCCUGGGCAUCACCAAGGACUCCGUCAUGCGUGUGGAUGAGAAGACCAAGGAGGUGCUUCAGGAGUGGCCGCUCACCACGGUCAAGCGCUGGGCCGCUUCACCCAAGAGCUUCACACUGGAUUUUGGGGAGUACCAAGAGAGCUACUAUUCAGUACAAACCACAGAGGGGGAGCAAAUAUCCCAGCUGAUUGCAGGAUACAUUGAUAUCAUCCUCAAAAAGAAACAAAGCAAAGAUAGAUUUGGGCUGGAAGGGGAUGAGGAGUCAACUAUGUUGGAAGAGUCAGUUUCCCCAAAAAAAUCUACCAUCCUGCAGCAGCAGUUCAACCGGACUGGGAAGGCAGAGCAUGGCUCGGUGGCACUGCCAGCUGUCAUGCGCUCUGGCUCCAGUGGGCCUGAGACGUUCAAUGUUGGCAGCAUGCCGUCACCACAGCAACAGGUCAUGGUCGGACAGAUGCACCGAGGACACAUGCCUCCACUGACGUCGGCACAGCAAGCCCUUAUGGGGACCAUCAACACAAGCAUGCACGCUGUCCAGCAGGCUCAGGAUGACCUCAGCGAGCUCGACUCGCUGCCACCUCUCGGCCAAGAUAUGGCAUCUAGGGUAUGGGUUCAGAACAAAGUGGAUGAAUCCAAGCAUGAAAUCCACUCUCAAGUCGAUGCUAUCACAGCUGGGACAGCUUCAGUUGUCAACCUCACGGCUGGUGACCCUGCAGACACUGACUACACAGCCGUGGGCUGUGCAAUCACUACCAUUUCUUCCAACCUGACCGAAAUGUCCAAGGGGGUCAAGCUGCUGGCAGCCCUCAUGGACGAUGACGUGGGCAGUGGGGAGGAUCUUCUCAGAGCUGCCAGGACCCUCGCUGGGGCUGUGUCUGAUUUGCUGAAGGCUGUGCAGCCUACUUCAGGAGAGCCUCGACAGACUGUUUUGACUGCUGCCGGAAGCAUCGGCCAAGCCAGUGGAGAUCUCCUGAGACAGAUUGGAGAGAACGAGACGGACGAGAGAUUCCAAGAUGUUUUAAUGAGUCUAGCUAAAGCUGUUGCCAACGCUGCUGCCAUGUUAGUACUGAAGGCGAAGAAUGUGGCCCAGGUGGCUGAAGACACCGUCCUACAGAACAGGGUGAUCGCUGCAGCCACCCAGUGUGCCCUCUCUACCUCGCAGCUUGUGGCAUGUGCUAAGGUGGUGAGCCCCACUAUCAGCUCUCCCGUGUGCCAGGAGCAGCUGAUCGAAGCUGGGAAGCUGGUGGACCGCUCUGUGGAAAACUGUGUCCGAGCCUGCCAGGCGGCCACCGGUGAUAGCGAGCUCCUGAAGCAGGUCAGCGCUGCGGCCAGCGUAGUCAGUCAGGCCCUGCACGACCUCCUGCAGCAUGUGCGGCAGUUCGCCAGCCGAGGCGAGCCCAUUGGCCGCUAUGACCAGGCCACCGACACCAUCAUGUGUGUCACUGAGAGCAUCUUCAGUUCCAUGGGCGAUGCUGGAACUGACCACUUCAUUCCAUACUCAUCUGUGGGGGCUGCAGCCAACCCAGAGAAUGAAGACCAGCAGCAGAGGCUGAGAGAAGCUGCCGAGGGUCUCCGAGUAGCAACCAAUGCCGCUGCGCAGAAUGCUAUUAAGAAAAAAAUCGUCAACCGGCUGGAGGUUGCAGCCAAGCAGGCUGCAGCUGCUGCCACACAGACCAUUGCAGCCUCCCAGAAUGCAGCCAUCUCCAACAAGAACCCCUCAGCCCAGCAACAACUGGUCCAGAGCUGCAAGGCUGUGGCUGAUCACAUCCCUCAGCUAGUGCAGGGCGUGAGAGGGAGCCAAGCACAAGCAGAAGACCUCAGUGCCCAGCUGGCUCUCAUCAUCUCCAGCCAGAACUUCCUACAGCCUGGAAGCAAGAUGGUAUCCUCUGCUAAGGCGGCAGUACCCACUGUGAGUGACCAGGCUGCAGCCAUGCAGUUGAGUCAGUGCGCCAAGAACCUGGCGACCAGCCUGGCCGAGCUACGCACUGCCUCGCAGAAGGCCCAUGAAGCCUGUGGCCCCAUGGAAAUAGAUUCUGCACUGAACACUGUGCAGACUCUCAAGAAUGAGCUGCAGGAUGCCAAGAUGGCCGCUGCAGAAAGUCAACUGAAACCACUUCCAGGAGAAACGCUGGAAAAGUGUGCUCAGGACGUGGGAAGCACCUCUAAGGGAGUGGGCUCCUCCAUGGCACAGCUCCUGACCUGUGCUGCUCAAGGCAAUGAGCACUACACAGGCGUGGCAGCAAGAGAAACAGCCCAGGCUCUGAAAACACUGGCCCAGGCUGCCCGGGGAGUGGCUGCAUCCACAAAUGAUCCUGAGGCUGCUCAUGCCAUGUUAGACUCUGCUCGGGAUGUGAUGGAGGGCUCUGCCAUGCUCAUCCAGGAAGCCAAGCAGGCACUAAUUGCACCUGGAGACACAGAAAGUCAGCAGAGAUUAGCCCAGGUGGCCAAAGCUGUGUCUCACUCUCUGAAUAACUGCGUGAAUUGCCUUCCUGGACAGAAGGAUGUAGAUGUCGCCUUGAAGAGCAUCGGGGAGGCCAGCAAGAAGCUACUUGUAGAUUCGCUACCUCCAAGCACAAAGCCCUUCCAGGAGGCCCAGAGUGAGCUGAACCAGGCUGCUGCUGAUCUGAACCAAUCUGCUGGGGAAGUCGUCCAUGCCACAAGGGGCCAGAGUGGAGAGCUGGCAGCCGCUUCUGGAAAAUUCAGUGAUGACUUUGACGAGUUCCUGGAUGCCGGGAUUGAGAUGGCUGGCCAGGCACAGACAAAAGAAGACCAGAUGCAAGUGAUAGGUAACCUGAAGAAUAUCUCGAUGGCGUCCAGCAAACUCCUGCUAGCCGCCAAGUCUCUCUCUGUAGAUCCUGGAGCUCCCAACGCAAAAAAUCUUCUGGCUGCAGCUGCAAGAGCUGUGACAGAGAGCAUCAACCAACUCAUCAUGCUGUGCACUCAGCAGGCCCCUGGGCAGAAGGAGUGUGACAACGCUCUGCGUGAGCUUGAGACUGUCAAGGGGAUGUUGGAAAACCCGAAUGAGCCUGUGAGCGACCUCUCUUACUUCGACUGCAUUGAGAGUGUGAUGGAGAACUCCAAGGUUCUGGGCGAGUCAAUGGCAGGGAUUUCACAGAAUGCUAAGACUGGAGACCUCCCUGCCUUCGGAGAAUGUGUGGGGAUUGCAUCUAAGGCUCUCUGCGGGCUGACAGAGGCAGCAGCCCAGGCUGCGUACCUGGUUGGCAUCUCUGAUCCGAACAGCCAGGCAGGCCACCAAGGCCUGGUGGACCCCAUCCAGUUUGCCAGGGCUAACCAGGCGAUCCAGAUGGCAUGUCAGAACUUGGUGGACCCUGGCAGCAGCCCAUCACAGGUUCUGUCGGCUGCCACUAUUGUUGCCAAGCACACGUCAGCCUUAUGCAAUGCCUGCCGCAUCGCCUCGUCCAAGACGGCCAACCCUGUUGCCAAGCGGCACUUUGUCCAGUCAGCCAAGGAGGUUGCCAACAGCACCGCCAACCUGGUCAAGACUAUCAAGGCCCUGGAUGGGGAUUUCUCUGAAGACAAUCGCAAUAAGUGUCGAAUUGCUACCACGCCCUUGAUCGAGGCGGUGGAGAACCUGACAGCGUUUGCAUCAAACCCCGAGUUUGCCAGCAUUCCUGCACAGAUCAGCUCUGAGGGCUCCCAGGCGCAGGAACCAAUCUUGGUCUCAGCCAAGACCAUGCUGGAAAGCUCAUCGUACCUCAUCCGCACGGCACGCUCUCUGGCCAUCAACCCCAAAGAUCCGCCCACCUGGUCCGUGUUGGCUGGACACUCCCACACUGUGUCUGACUCCAUUAAGAGUCUCAUCACGUCUAUCAGGGACAAAGCCCCAGGGCAGAGGGAAUGUGACUACUCCAUUGAUGGCAUCAACCGGUGCAUCAGGGACAUCGAGCAGGCCUCCCUGGCCGCGGUCAGCCAGAGCCUGGCCACGAGGGAUGACAUCUCUGUGGAGGCCCUGCAGGAGCAGCUGACCUCAGUGGUCCAGGAAAUCGGGCAUCUUAUUGAUCCCAUUGCCACAGCUGCCCGAGGAGAAGCUGCCCAACUUGGACAUAAGGUGACACAGCUGGCGAGCUACUUUGAGCCCUUGAUCUUAGCUGCAGUUGGUGUCGCCUCCAAGAUGCUGGACCAUCAACAACAGAUGACAGUGCUGGACCAGACCAAGACACUUGCAGAGUCUGCCCUGCAGAUGCUGUAUGCAGCCAAGGAAGGUGGAGGUAACCCCAAGGCACAGCACACCCACGACGCCAUCACAGAGGCUGCGCAGCUGAUGAAGGAAGCUGUGGAUGACAUCAUGGUGACACUGAAUGAAGCAGCCAGUGAGGUGGGGCUGGUGGGAGGCAUGGUGGACGCCAUCGCAGAGGCUAUGAGCAAGCUGGAUGAAGGCACACCUCCAGAACCAAAGGGAACGUUUGUUGACUACCAGACGACUGUGGUUAAAUACUCCAAAGCCAUUGCCGUCACAGCUCAGGAAAUGAUGACUAAGUCGGUUACUAACCCGGAGGAGUUGGGAGGCCUGGCUUCACAAAUGACCACUGACUAUGGGCACCUGGCUCUCCAGGGCCAGAUGGCAGCAGCCACCGCCGAACCAGAGGAGAUUGGAUUCCAGAUUCGCACACGUGUGCAGGACCUUGGCCAUGGCUGUAUCUUCCUGGUGCAAAAGGCAGGGGCCCUCCAGGUGUGCCCCACAGACAGCUACACCAAGAGGGAGCUGAUCGAGUGUGCCCGCUCUGUCACUGAGAAGGUGUCCUUGGUGCUGUCCGCUCUCCAGGCUGGAAACAAGGGGACCCAGGCAUGCAUCACGGCUGCAACUGCAGUUUCUGGGAUCAUUGCCGAUCUGGACACCACCAUUAUGUUUGCAACAGCUGGCACACUGAAUGCAGAAAACGGCGAGACCUUUGCCGAUCACAGGUCAUCUCCACUCACCAGACUCCUGCUCUUUCAGGUGGUACUGAUAAAUGCCAUCAAAGACGUGGCCAAGGCCCUUUCCGAUCUCAUUGGUGCUACCAAGGGAGCUGCCAGCAAGCCGGCUGAUGACCCCUCCAUGUACCAGCUCAAAGGAGCCGCCAAGGUGAUGGUGACCAAUGUCACCUCCCUUCUUAAGACUGUGAAGGCAGUGGAAGACGAGGCCACCCGGGGCACAAGGGCACUUGAGGCCACCAUCGAGUACAUAAAACAGGAGCUCACAGUGUUCCAGUCAAAAGACAUACCUGAAAAGACAUCAUCACCCGAGGAAUCAAUAAGAAUGACGAAAGGUAUCACCAUGGCAACAGCGAAAGCCGUGGCAGCUGGGAACUCAUGUAGACAAGAGGAUGUAAUUGCAACCGCCAAUCUGAGCAGGAAGGCUGUGUCAGAUAUGCUGAUGGCUUGCAAGCAAGCAUCCUUCUACCCUGAUGUCAGUGAAGAGGUACGAACCAGAGCCUUGCGGUAUGGCACAGAAUGCACCUUGGGCUACCUGGACCUACUAGAACACGUCUUGGUGAUCCUUCAAAAGCCAACCCCGGAACUCAAGCAUCAGCUGGCAGCUUUCUCCAAGAGAGUUGCUGGAGCUGUGACGGAGCUUAUCCAGGCAGCAGAAGCCAUGAAAGGAACAGAGUGGGUGGAUCCAGAAGACCCAACCGUCAUUGCAGAAACUGAGUUACUGGGAGCUGCAGCGUCCAUUGAAGCCGCUGCCAAGAAGUUAGAGCAACUGAAGCCAAGAGCAAAGCCAAAGCAAGCAGAUGAGACCCUGGAUUUUGAAGAACAGAUCUUAGAAGCUGCUAAAUCCAUUGCUGCUGCCACAAGUGCCCUGGUCAAAUCGGCCUCAGCAGCCCAGAGGGAGCUGGUAGCCCAAGGCAAGGUGGGCUCCAUCCCUGCCAACGCUGCCGAUGAUGGACAGUGGUCCCAGGGGCUGAUCUCUGCCGCCCGGAUGGUGGCGGCAGCAACCAGCAGUCUCUGUGAGGCAGCCAAUGCCUCUGUGCAGGGACAUGCCAGUGAGGAAAAGCUCAUCUCAUCUGCCAAGCAGGUCGCAGCUUCAACCGCUCAGCUGCUGGUGGCCUGCAAGGUGAAGGCCGACCAGGAUUCAGAGGCCAUGAAGCGGCUACAGGCGGCAGGAAAUGCUGUGAAAAGAGCCUCAGACAAUCUUGUUCGUGCAGCCCAGAAGGCGGCAUUUGGCAAAGCUGAUGACGAUGAUGUUGUGGUGAAAACCAAGUUCGUGGGAGGCAUUGCUCAGAUCAUUGCAGCCCAGGAGGAAAUGCUGAAGAAAGAACGAGAGCUGGAGGAAGCCAGGAAGAAGCUGGCCCAGAUCCGCCAGCAGCAGUACAAAUUCCUCCCCACAGAGCUGAGGGAAGAUGAGGGCUAAGACCCGCCCAUGCUGGCGAGCCCCAGGAGGUGGUUCCUACUCCCCCAACAAGAACUGGACAUACUGGUGUCCCCCAGAGCCAGGAACUUCCUGGAAACUGCUGGCCCUCCACCGGAGUCUGUCUCUCUCAGUCCUCAGUCCCUCAGUCACUAUCCGCUGCAUGAUCAUGGUCUCACACGGUACAGUGUCCCACCCACAGCUCCUCCAGCUCCCUCACGCCUCGCUAUAUCUCAGGACAGAGGGCGCAUUUCGUGGACUGUUACCAAAAAAGAAAAGUCAGUAUUACAUUGUUCUCAGACACCUGUACUCCGCGUCCUCUAAGACUGCUCCAGGGCCUCUUUGUGAAAUCACACUCGGGAAAGAACAAUGCUAAUAACGGCUCACAGGAAUCAUCAGUAUCAUGGACAUAGAGAUUCUCUCUCUGGAGAGAAGACAGCUGGAGUUGGACACUGUUAAUAAAGCCAGAAACACUCCCAAGUGGACUCUGGAGUCACAGAGGUCCGUGUAAGUGUGGAGCACUGACUCACCCACGGGGGAGAAGAUCCCCUGCCCCGUUUGCACGCUUUUCUCGCCUCAGUGUGUAAGCUCCUUGUACAACUACACCCAUCUUGUAUUCUGUGGCCCAGAAAAAUGGAAGUUAUUUUAUUUUUUUUCCCCCUUCCGUAAUCCAAAGGGCAGAGUUGUGGAAAGUGGUCAGGGUUAGGUGGGUAGGGGCCGGAAUAAAAUACUGGGCUCCUCACUCAGCAAAGCUGUUUCAGUUUAUGCAGACACACACAUGGAGACUAUGUCCCUGAUGGAUCUCAGUGCAGCGCCCCCUGGAGGAAGAGUCAGGUAGCAUUUAGGAAGGAGGUUCCCAUGUUCGAGCCCUAUUAUCAGUUUCUGUGAACUUGAGAGGGUCAAAGUUCAAGAAGGAAAGUUAUUUGUUUAGAACUUUUACCUUUGAUCUCAAGAGGGCAUUUCUCACCAUUUAUCUUAAUAUUCCUAAAAUCUAAAUGUCCCCUCUGGUCAUUGUGAACCUGUGUGACAGCGUUGCUUGUUGUCCCAGAAGUGUUUUCACAGUACAUCAUCUGGGUGCUGCCCUUUCAGCCUCCGGAUGCCUUCCCCUCGUGCCUUUCCUCUCAGGGCCCUCUUCUGGGGAGAAAGUUAGAGAUCCCUGACUUUACAUUUGAGCUGAGCCUCUGCCUAAGAUGAUGGAUGAGGGAGGGCCUGAUAUCAAGUACCAGCAUGUUAAUGAAUUCAUGAAGAGUUAGCAGGGGCGUGCUUAGACUGUAGCUCAGUUGGUAGAGUGUUUGCCUGGUUAGCAUGCACAAAGCACUGGGUCCCAUCAUAUAAACUCGAUGUGGUGCCACAAGCCUGUAAUCCCAGCACCAGGGAGAUAGAGGCAGGUGGGUCAGAAGUUCAAGGUUAUCUUU